GAAAUAUUCAGAGAAGUAGCAUAUUAUUUCCGACCUCACCAAGAUGGCUGUGAUUAACGACUUGACAUUUCACUAGUGACGUAGUUAUAUGGUUGAAGUUUGCGGUAGCUUAGCAACAUGGAACGCCGUAGGAGGAGAUCAUCUGCAGGAGACGGGGAGGUUCUCAUAGCAGAUGAAUGUUGGGUUUGAAAUCGAGGAGGACUCCAAUCGAGAUUUGUCAAACUCCAUCCAGGAUGUGUUCCAUAGUAGGGUUGCUGGGUGCAGUGCUUACCGGCGUUAGCGUUCAACAUGCAUAGCUAACUAGCCAAAUAAAAAAAGUGAUCAAAUCCUUGAGAACAGAAACCCUUGACUUGGGUUCAAUGGAGGCCAAAAUGGCGUCCGAGUCAGUGCGGGUGGUGGUGAGAUGUAGGCCAAUGAACCACAGGGAGAAUGCUCUGAGCUGUAAGAUGGUGGUCACCAUGGACCUGAGCAGGUGUCAAUGCUUCAUCGUCAAGCCGGGGGCCACAGACGAACCACCCAAACAGUUCACCUUCGACGGGACCUACUUUAUCGACCAGACCACCGAGCAGAUGUACAACGAGAUAGCCUACCCGCUGGUCGAGAGUGUGACGGAGGGCUACAAUGGGACCAUCUUCGCCUACGGCCAGACAGGCAGCGGCAAGUCCUUCACCAUGCAGGGGGCGGCCGAGCCCGCGCCCCAGAGAGGGGUCAUACCCCGGGCCUUCGAGCACAUCUUCGAGAGUAUUCAGUGUGCCGAAAACACCAAGUUCCUUGUGAGGGCAUCCUACCUGGAGAUUUACAAUGAAGAGAUACGAGACCUGUUGGGACACGACACCAAACAAAAAAUUGAGCUGAAGGAGCACCCAGAGCGGGGCGUGUACGUGCGGGAUCUGUCCAUGCACACGGUGCACAGUGUGGGGGAGUGCGAGCGCAUCAUGGAGCAGGGCUGGAGGAACCGCUCGGUGGGCUACACCCUCAUGAACAAGGACUCCUCCCGCUCGCACUCCAUCUUCACCAUCCACCUGGAGAUCUGCACCACAGAUGCAGCAGGUAAGGACCACCUGCGGGCCGGCAAGCUCAACCUGGUGGACCUGGCGGGCAGCGAACGCCAGUCCAAGACGGGCGCCACCGGCGAGCGCCUCCGCGAGGCCACCAAGAUCAACCUGUCCCUGUCGGCCCUGGGGAACGUCAUCUCGGCGCUGGUGGACGGCCGGUCCAAACACAUCCCCUACAGGGACUCCAAGCUGACGCGGCUGCUCCAGGACUCCCUGGGCGGGAACACACGCACCCUCAUGGUGGCCUGCCUCUCCCCGGCCGACAACAACUACGAGGAGAGCCUCAGCACGCUGCGCUACGCCAACCGGGCCAAGAGCAUCCAGAACCGUCCCCGGAUCAACGAGGACCCCAAGGACGCUCUCCUGAGGGAAUACCAGGAGGAGAUCAAGCUUCUGCGAGCCCUGAUCUCUGGACAGCUGGGGACCACCAACCUCUCAUCUCUGCUGGAGGGCCAGAGGUCCGAGGCGUCCCCUGGUGUUCCGUCCAGGCCACAGUCCAGCACCACUGAGGCUGAGAAGGAGAAGAUCAAAGAGGAGUAUGAGGACAAGCUGUCCAGGCUGCAGGCAGAGUACAGUGCAGAGCAGGAGUCCAAGGCCAAGCUGCAGGAGGACAUCACGGCCCUGCGCUGCUCCUACGAGACCAAGCUGGCUCACCUGGAGGCCUCCAGGGCCACCAGAGGGCGCUCCAGCUCCACCACAGAGAGCUCCAGCCAUGUGACCCAGGUUCAGGAGGAGCCCUGUCCCACCCCUGGUGAGCCCUCCCUGGCCUCGGCCGAGGACCGUCCCCUGGUCAAGGGGGUCCAGGCCCAGGCUGCUCACCAGGCGAUGGGGGUCCAGAGAGGGUCAGAGGGGGACAGCCAUGCAGACUCACCCUCCCUCUCCACCCCAGGACCCCUGGACCAGAAACAUGUGCUGGAGAGGCUGCAGCGUCUGGAGCAGGAGAUGGUAGGCGGUGAGCAGGCCAGGAACCAGGAGCUGCAGCGCCGCCACCACCAGAGGAAGACCCUGGCCGACCAGCGGAAGAAACACCUGAUCAGGGCGCUGUCCCAGAGCGGCGAGGACAGCGACCACGUCCUCCUCAACGUGUACGACUCCAUCCAGGAGGAGGUGCACGCCAAGAGGCUGCUGCUGGACAAGACCCAGGGCAAGCUGAAAGCAGCCAGGCUGGAGAUCCGGGACCUGGAGGCCGAGUUUGAGCUGGAGAGGAACGACUACCUGUCCACCAUCCGGAGGCUGGAGAGAGAAGCCCAGCUGCUGGGCAGCCUGCUGGAGCGCAUGGCCCCCCUGGUGCGCAGAGACUGCAACUACAGCAACCUGGACCGCCUGCGCAAGGAGGCCAGCUGGGAUGAGGACGGGGGCACCUGGAGGCUGCCCGAGGUGGUGGUGCAGAAGACCGCCCUGCCGUCAGCCGUGUGUGCGUCCGCCCCGAGGCUCGCGGCACGGCGAGCAUCAGGGACCGACACGGCCGAGCUCUUCCUGGACGAGGGGGACAAGUAUAAAGAAAUGCUGAACCGCAGCGACAGCGAGAACAUCGCCAGCAACUACUUCAGGUCCAAGAGAGCGACCCAGCUGCUGGGCGGAGACUCACUGAAGGGCCUCGCCGUCCACGCCACGCCCGCCAGCAACGGCGCCGCCCACCUGACCUCCAGCGGCUCCAACAUUGCUCCCCCCCUCAGCGCCGAGUCGCUCCUCCCCCGGCCCUUCCGUCUGGAGUCCCUGGGCCCCCCCUCCUCCAACAGCAAGGUCAAGAGAAAAAAGAGCAAAAGCCACAUCCUGUCUGAGGGCAACUGAGACGACGGAAGAGGUCAAAGGUGAGGAGGCCAGGACCUCCUCGCUGCACUUCGGACCUCUGUUCUACCUGCCACCGGGAACCUCUGGUGCUAACACACUGACUGGACAACCUGAAGGGUUAUGCUGUUUAUUUACUGAUUGUAUCCUUCCCCUCACUGUAAUUGAAUAUGUAUUGAUAGUUUUUUUUGCAAUAGAAGGAAACUUGUCACAUGGGCCUUUCAUCCAGCAGUGUAAUCUGUGCGUGUUGGUUUAAUCGUAAUUUUGAAGAUAGUACUACCUAUGUUACACUACCUAAUGCCACUCCACAAUGCCUGCUUAAACUGUGAUACGCCUGUGCUUCCGAACAAACAAGAAUCUUCAUCUGCUAUGUGGAUGUACUUCUCCACAACACUUAUGUGCUGCCUGCCACUUUGUUUCAUGUUCACAACUAGCACUUACAAGAAUAAACCUCUUGUUUUAUGGGUGAUUGGUUUUAUGGAUGUGUUGUAAAGGAGAUAAGUAUUUAUAUAAAACAUGGGGGGGAAAAAGGCUGUGACAAAGUGAUGUGAAUUGAAGUAACUGUUUUCCUGUUCCAUUCCUGUGCUUCUCUCGCUGCCUACUCCCUCUCCUUCUCCCUUGCCUCCUUUCCCCCACACUCAUAACUGCUGACACACAACCCAGACACAAUUUCAUACAAUUGUAGUCUGAAUAAUAAUUUUUUUUAAACAAUGUAUAUUUUAAAAUAU